UUUUUCUUUUUUCUUUUUUGAACUUUAUUAAGAGAAUUCUAUUUCCAGAAUUCCAGACAUCUUAUUUCAUCACUCUAAACCCUAGGAAUCGUUCUGCACCGUUCCGGCAGCUCACAACCAGGUUUCUACUAACGAUAAGGGAGAUACUCUACUUUGAGGAAAUGGCAGGAGGAUUAAGACUGUUCACAGAGAGGACCGGAGAAGGUGCUGGAGAACCAGUAUUUAGCCAUGAUGAGGAAUUGAUUCAUUUACAGCCCUCUGUCGCCAUUGCCCUUGGCAAUCAUUCCCUUGAGGCCCCAGGCACUCUCUACAUGACCUCCAGGCAAGUGGUGUGGUUGAGUGAUUCAGACAGGUCUAAAGGUUAUGCAGUUGAUUUUUAUUCGGUGUCACUUCAUGCUGUGUCCAGAGAUCAAGAGGCUUACCCUUCCCCUUGUAUUUAUGCCCAGAUUGAUACUGGAGACGACGAUGAAGAAUCUGACAGCUCGGACUCAGAAUCUAAUGAUGUCUUAGACUUAAGUAAGAUCUCUGAGUUGAGGCUUGUGCCGGAAGAUGAUAGUCAAUUGGACAUACUUUUUGAUGUAUUCUGCGAAUGUGCUGAGUUGAAUCCAGAUCCUAUUGAAAGUGAAGGAGAAGAAGAGCAUAAUUGGAUUUUUAGUGCUGAGCAGAUGGUUACUGAUGGUGCAGAGGUGGAUGACUCGGAAUGGAAUGACGUCUUGGCUCCAACCAGUUCAAUUGGCUAUUCUAAUGGAGAUAACGACUUGGCCCAUACUGUGCUUCAGCUUCAAAUUAAUGAUCAGCGGUUCGAGGAUCCUGAAGAGAUGGACAAGGACAGCGACAGUGCUAAUGCUUGAUAGCUGUUGUAGAUGGGAGGGGAUGACCAAGUUAUAAUAGUGCAGAUCUUUUGAACUAAACACCAAUUCCUUUUUAAUUUGGUGGGAUUUACUGUAUUUCCAGAUUUAAAUCUGUGUGAAAAAUUAGGAUCGUGAAAUUCAAGUAUUUUUCGUAGAGAUGGUGUUGCUAAAAUUUCUUCUUUUAAUCGUGAUUAUGAAUUUUAAUUGA